AUAGGGCAUAACGAUAGUGUCCGAGGGUAGUUCGGGUGCAUAGCAACGGACAUUUCGGCGGGUAACCGGAUAAGAAGGUAACAAUACUUAGAUGUAGUGCAUGGCAUCAUAAAGGGAGAAGAAAGGAUUGACAUGUGUUAUGUUGUAACAUUUGGGGCAAGAAAAACAAAGAACAGCUGAACAAGAGCAGGGCCAAGGUAACUCAGAUGAUAACAGCUAGAUAUAUCAGCAUCACAAAGACCGAAGAACAGAAAACGGGCACUGAAUCCUCAGGACAGCUGUGUGAAAGAGAAAAGGAAGAUAAAAACUGAGUGGUUCACACUGGACUCCCAUGAGGUCCUGCAUUACUGAGGAAAGAAAGGUGAUGUUAAAAAGCAUCAGUUUUGACCAAACAGAGUAUCCUUAAGUAGGGGGACUCAACAUUAAUCAAAAUCUGACUUCCUGUUUUGACGGAGGAUUGGACCAUCAACAAGUUACUGUAUAGAUUGUGUUCCUAAAGACCCAGACCCUCCACAUCAUGGACACACUAGGACUCGGCACUCAGCUAAAAGUACGACAAUGUUCUCAAUGUCAGGGGGACACUGAGUUUUACUGUAACACAUGUAAACGUGAUCUGUGUUUACAGUGUAAAGAGAAACAUGUCAUUGAUCUACAUACCAAACACCAUGAUGUUGUGAUUUACCGUGAGAAGUUUAACUACAUCCCCAGACAAGAGAUCUGUGUCAGACAUCCAGACAGGUUCUAUGAAAUGUUCUGUCAGUCGUGUGAACUUUCUGUCUGUUUCCGAUGUUUAGAGCACCGAAAACACCAAAUACUGGACAUUAGAACAGCCUAUCAAACAAAGCGACAACAACACCGAGAAAUCAUUGACACCAUCAGAAGUGAGACUCUCUAUAACUGUCGUGUUCUCCUGGCAGGAAUCCAAACUGAUAUCCAAACUUGUCCCCCACAAAUCUGUCACCGUCAAUCACAGAUGUCAACCAAAGCCCAGAGACUGAAGGAUCUGAUUGACACUGCGGUAUGUGAUGUUAAAACAAGAUACCGAGGUUUAUUGAUUGAUAGAAUACAACAACAGAAGAGAAAAAUGAACAGACACCUCACCCACAUACAGAACUAUGAAGACAGAUAUGAACAAUCAGCAAACAGAGCGUGUCCCCCAGAUAAAGGACACCCCUAAUCUUCCACAACACCUGCUGCUGUCCCUGACUGAGGGAUUCAACAUGGAGGAUGUCAGUCAGUUAUUGAGGGGAAUCCCAGAAAUCCAAAUGACAACAGGAAAACGACAAGUAGGAAUAGACGAGUGUGUGAAACUGAUGUCCACACCUGUAUUACACACGUCUGUCUGUGUGACAGGUGUUAGUGGUGUGGGACACAUAUCUCGUGUGAUGUCAGACCGGGUCUGGAUCUCUGAGUAUAACAAUCUCAUCUUGACAGACACAACAGGAGACACUAUACACCGUGUGACAGAUAUAAUAACAUUGUAUACAGGAGUACACACAGUGAACAGUUCUGGUGAACUGAUUUAUAUAGACAGUGAUGAUAACAUCAACAAACUGUCUGUGAACAAUCACACAGUCACCACACAGAUAGAGUGUACAUAUCCAUGGAUACCACUGUGUGUGUACUGCUCCCCGUCCACAGGAGAUCUGAUGGUCGGGAUGUGUAACGAUGAUACAGGUACAGGCAAGGUAACCCGGUACAACAGUAGUGGUCAACACAUCCUGACCAUACAACACGACAACAAACGUCAGACACUGUAUAGUGAACCUUUCUAUAUCACAGAGAACACUAACGGUGAUAUUAUUGUGUCUGACGGGUUACGUGAUGCUGUAGUGGUGACAGAGCGCGGGGGGAGACAUCGAUUCUCCUACACAGGACCUCCAUCAGGAUCAUCACUAAAUCCAUACGGAAUCUGUACAGACGCGCUGUCACACAUCCUGGUGUGUGAUCUAAACACCGACACAGUACAGAUGAUUGACAAGGACGGUCACUUCCUGUCUCUGUUACUGACACCACAACACGGGAUAAACACACCACGCGGCCUGAACUAUGAUGAUAAAACUCACCUUCUCUGGGUCGGAUCACAGUACACCAACACAGUGUCUGUAUAUAGAUAUCUACAGAGGAGGUACUCUCUGACUGAUAAUCCAGACAGAGAUGAGCGGAUCACGGAAGAUUCAAGUUAGGAGAUUCAGGAAUCAUUAACAGAGCUGGAAAUCAGUGAAGAGUCCGAGACUGAAGAAAACUGUGAGGACCUGAAGUCUGAGGACAUUGCUGAAUAUUUAAUAUUUAAACAGUAUUUUAUUAUGACAAUUCAUGAUAGGAUUGGACAACAGACAUUGACUAUAUAAGUCCUCUCCAUAGAAGGGCAUUGCUGAAUCAGGUAGAAGUGGAGAUAAUUGUGUAGAGGAAAAUGAUGAUAAUGAGAAAUCAGAGGAAUCUGAUGAGGACACUCCUGAAUCUGACGAGGACACUCCUGAAUCCCGCUGUCAGUGGUGUCUCAACAUUUCCAAUUGUCAAAAUGAAGUUGAAAUAAGUCAAUGCAUGCAAAGAUAUGUAUUGUGUGAUUUGAAAGACGAGAGACCCAAGGGCCAUAUUAGUUGUGUCAUCUUUUAUACGUAAUGUUCCAAAACUCAUUCUGUCGUAACACUUGACAUAAAAUUUUCAUUUCUGAGGAGUGUUUGGAAAGUGAGUAAACUGAUUCUGAUGGUGAGGAUGUUCCUGAUAAAAAAACUCGAGGAUGAGCAGAAACCAUGAAAUAGGUGAUAACAGUGAUGAUAAGGAUUUAGAGGAGACCUGCGAAAAUGAGGAUAAAUAAGCAGAUCUGGUUAAUUACAUUGAAAUAAGACAGGUAUUUCGCCAAGUAAACAAACGACUUUUCCCACUAAGUUCGUUGCCUUUCUUAGAAUUUCUGUCAUAUUUGAAGCUGAAAUGGUCAGUCACUAAAAUUACCAUCAUGUAUCCUCCAAAGUAUUUAUCUUCUAGAAUAUUGCAGUUCUGUAUUGAUUAUAUAUUAAAUUGUGUAUAUAUUUAGAUAUCUGAUUUGUUAUUAACAUUGCAUUGUUUGAAGAAUGUUAUAUCAGAAUAUAAUAUUUCCACGUAAAA